AUGGUAAAGGGAGCAAUGUCCAGGAAGAGGUUAUCAGUGUCUAUUCACAAUUCACCGCUAUCGCCUGUGAUUCCUAUAUGCCCACCGUCGUCUAAUCCUGCGAGCCCUCAAGUCGGUGAUGAGGGUCUGACGUUCACGAGACAACCCAGAGAGACGUCCAACGUUAAGUUGCUUUUAGUUGGCGAUGCUGGUGUUGGUAAGACGGCUAUGAUAUUAGGAUUUUGUAAUGAAUUGCCGACCAAAUCCCAACUCCAUAUUAUGAAUUUGACCAAGGAUUCUUCGAAUGAUCAAGACAAAAGUGGUAUACGGCCGCGCAACGUAACUAAGAAACGGUAUAGCUUAAACGAUUAUGAGGAAUUAUUCCAUGGUGCCGAUGAUCUAGAUGAAUACGUACUGGAUACCAGAACGACAAUUGGUGUUGACAUCAAAACUUCGCUGCUGAAUAUAGAUUCCAGAUUGUUUAAAUGCAUAAUGUGGGAUACAGCUGGACAGGAGAGGUACAGAAAUGCUAUGAUACCGGUACUCUACAGAGAUGCGCACGCUAUUGUGCUGACAUACGAUUUAUGUGAUGUAACCACUUUGAAUUCCAUAUGUGAUCAUUGGUUAAAAGAGGCUUUAGACAACUAUGGAUCCAAGGACUUGACGAAAGUACGAUUUUAUCUGAUAGGCAAUAAAAGAGAUCUUACCGGAGAACGAACCGUGACUCAGGAGCAAGUAUCCCAAUCUGUGGCAACUUUGGAAUCUAAGUUUCAAAUUAGUAUAGCGGGUACUUUUGAAGUAACCUGUAAAUGGCCUAACAUCGUGGAUAGGACAUUCAACCAAUUGGUCAGAGACCUGGUUGCAAAUGGCUGUUACGAUUCUAAACCCAAUGAAGUACCGUCACGCUCUAAAAACCAAUUUGAUAAUAAUAAUAGUGAUGAUCCAGAUGAGCUAGGAGAGGAAGACUCGGAUCAAAAAGGACUAGGGGUACCUCACCAGGAGUCUCCCCAAGAAGAAGUUCGAAUGCCUGGCGGAAUCGACUUGACAAGACCCUACAGUGUAGGAAAUAAUUCGUCAACCUGUUGCGUGUAA